GAACUCUAUUUGACGGUUAUCGCAUUAUAAACAAACCAGAGACAAACAACCAAACAUUAGCAAUUAUGUUUCUAAAGGAAAUAUCUUAGAUUAUUUACACUUCUUAAUUCAAUAGAUGGCAUAGCUGCUUAUUUAUUUGCAACGAAUAAACACAAAGAUGUUCAAAUACAGUUCGACCUGUAUUCGUUCGGUCACUCGCAACCGCUUUUUUUGAAAUCCCUAAACAGCUCUAAUUAGCUAAAGUGAUGGAUUGUGUGAAAGUAUGUAACUUCUGUUUCCAAGAGGAUCUGCCGGGUGUGAAAUCCGUGGAAAGUUUUUCGACGGAGUUCAAUACGUAUCGAAUCCUAGAUAUUGUGACGAAACAUUUCUGGUUUACGAAAAAUGAGCUCGCAGGCUUUGCAAUCUGCCCUGUGUGUUGGGACAAACUAUCCGAUUUUCACUCGUUCUAUUGUCAAGUUGAACAGCAAUGGAUACAAGACAGGUCGGAGCAUAAGCUGUUUAUUGUAGAGAAACUGAACACCGAAUUAAAUUCUGAUGAUGAACAUGAAUCGAAAAAUAUGAUUAUCAAAACAGAGAAGGUUGACAAUGAGGAGAUAGAUGAAAAUGUUUGUGAUAUCGAUCAGGAAGACAUAUUAAAUAUUGCCCCGAGGCUGGAGGAAGAACGACAUUCUGAGGAACAAGCAAACAGAAAUCACGAAGUAAGAAAACAGACUGAGGAAUUUGAAAACCAGAAUCAGAAGAUUAAGCGCUAUAUAGAUGUGACGAAUCAAGAUAUUUUGCAGUUUUGUCAGAUUGAUUGUAAGGACUGCUCGGAAAGUUUCGUAACCUUCAAACAGCUCAAUCAACACUACAGUACUGUCCAUAACCAACGUGGCUAUGUGACGUGCUGCAAAUCACGGUUUUACGAGAUAAGUCGACUACGUGAUCACAUACGCGUUCACAUGAAUCCCGCCACUUUUCAUUGUUCGGAGUGUAAAACAAAUUUCAGCUCAAAGCGUUGUUUGUUCAACCAUCGGUUGUUACAUCAACCAGACGAACAGAAAACUUUCUCAUGUGAGUUGUGUCCAAAAAAGUUCACUCAACGAUAUAAGCUCAAUACACACAUGUUAGGGCAUAAGAACGUAAAAGAUUUUCCUUGUCAGAAUUGCGAUAAGAAGUUCACUACCAGAGAUGCAUUGGCAAGCCACUUUAAAAAUAUUCACGAUCGUGCGAAUGAAGUCAUGUGUGAUGUCUGUUCAAAGAUAUUGAAAACGAGGAGUUCUUUCCUGAUACAUCGGGCGGAGCAUUUCAACACAAAGCGGAUCCAAUGCUCGACCUGUGGCAAAUGGAUGAAGAAUGAGCAAUCGUUGAGAAUGCAUAUGAUCCGACAUCGGGAGGAAUCCAAGGUUUUUGUGUGUGAUACGUGUGGGAAGCAGUCACCAAACUCGCACGCACUGAGGAAACAUAUCCAGGAUCAACACACAAUGGAGCGAAUUCAUCAGUGUACCCUGUGUGAAAAGUCGUUCAAAAGGGCGUUGGUUUUGAAGGAACAUAUGGCCACACAUACCGGUCAACGGCUCUAUUCAUGUACUCACUGUGGAAAGGAGUUCAAAGGAUCCGCUAAUUUGUAUACACAUCGUAAAAAGGCGCACCCUGUAGAAUGGCAGGAAUAUCAGAAGACCAAGCCAACGUUCAUGAGUAGUGUUUGAUGUUUAAUCUUUCCAUAAUGUUGGAAAUAAGGGUUCUCCGUAGCCAAAAGAUUGCGCAUCUAUUUAUUGAACGGAUGUCAUUUGAUCAAUCUGAAUCUCCUCCAGUGACAAACUUUGGAUCAUGGUCAAAACAAAUAUGACCACGUAAUAAGCUCCAGUGAUUGAAUUCGAUGCAUAUCCUUAUUGUUAUCCCAAACGGUAUAUUGCUUUAUAACAUGAAAUUAUGCUAUAAAACAUAAAUACAGUUAUACAAACUCAAACUCGUAUGUUAUCAUGUAGAUAUUCUAUUCUUUGUUUUAAAGAGGCUUCAA